AUAUGUCGAAGAGUCUUUUUACAGAUAGGAACACCCGGAUAGUUUACACGGGAUUUUAUGGUCAUUUGUAUAUAGACUGUUAAGGGUCAACCUUCGUUCCAAAAUGUGAAUUUCAAUAUCGGUAUGGAUACCAAACAUGCAGUUUAACUCGACGGCAAUACCCUCGGGAAUACCAUUAUGAGUUAAUGGCUAUUAAUGGUGUAGAUUGGCAAUACGUUAUGACUCAUAUGCUGCUUGGACGGCGAUGUAUUGGACAAUAAGACUUCGUGACUACAUUUCGUUGUGUAGUUUUUGUCAGCACUGCAUGGUGAGUCUAUAUAGUGGCAACUUCUUCAUAGCUCGUGGACACAAAAUAAUAAUUCGAUCAAUAUUUAAGGUAUAAAGCCAGAGCACUGUAGAGGUGGUCAACGGAAGGGACAGACUGUGCGUUUAUUUUACACCAAGUAUAUUCUGAAAGAAUAUGGCCGCAACUAGUACGAGCCAAUGUUUGUCGCAAACGCAAACAACAGUGAACACAAAUCAGCAAGAUGUGUCAUGUUUUAAACGUGCAUUUCCCUGCGCGAUAUAUCUGGGGAUGAUUGCUUUCAUGAUCAUGUUUGCUGGGGCAGUCAACGCAGGAAUAGGAUCGACGGCUGGAAGUGGUCUAUCAGGCGACAUCUUUACCGGGUUUCGACAGUCGGCGAGAAGGCAGAUGCAUGCAGGUAUAGCACUACUGGUUAUUGGAGUCAUCCUUAUGAUGCUUAGCAUCUAUUGGUGUCGCUACGCCAAACGGUCCUUGUCAAAUGUGCCAGUCACGUCUUUUUCUGGAACAGCAACAACAACAGUAAUCGCCCCAAACACCGCAGGUGUAGGGGUAGUGCAACCACCCGCUCUCCAGGGAGGAGGAAAUCAACAGGUCUACGUAUAUCAACCUCACCAGCAAGCGGGGACUUUUCAACCGGUUCAAGGCGGUCCGAUCCAUUACGCACCAGCUCAACCGGGUAUCGGUCAGUACCCACCAACUCAAUACGGCAUCGGUCAACCACAACCGGUUCAAGGCGGUCCGAUCCAUUACGCACCAGCUCAACCGGGUAUCGGUCAGUACCCACCAACUCAAUCCGGUAUCGGCCAGUACCCACCGGCUCAAUCCGGUGUCCACCAGUAUCCUCCAGCUCAACAAACAUCACAACCAUCGGACCCUGCGGAAGAACUACCCGAUCAUCCACCGCCAACAUAUAACGAGUUGACGAACCCUGUCAACGACACCAUUAAGUCAUAUGGGAACGUCUAACGAUGGAAUGUGAUUUAGUUUCUAUUCAAAACUAUUUAUACCACCAUGUUUCCAUUAUUGCAAGCGUCCAUGUGUCUUUAUUGUCGCAAAAAAUUGUUGGAGUCAAUUGUAAAUGUGUGAAUCUGCAUCUGAUUAUAACUAAAACAGUUAACCAUAAUCACUCAUGAGACUGUACUUCAAGAGGCUGUACUAUUGGCAUCAAUCUCUCUUUGCUUGGAUUUCUAAUUUCAUCUCAGAUUUUUUACUUUGUAAAGUAUUGAUCUCAUGCAGGGUUGUAAUAAAAAAUGUUUUUAUAAAAAAAAAAAAAUAAUAAAACGUUUUUUAUUGUUUUAAAACGUUUUAAAUCGUUUUAAAACGUUUUUUUUCAACGAAAGAUGCAAUUGUCUGUAAAUCAAUGAAACUAUACACUACUGACACUAAAUACAGUAUGAUUUAAGCUCUUGAUGUUUUAAAUAAGAGAUGACCACUAUUUUGUUAAUGAAUUUCCAACAGAAAAGUUCAUAUUUCCCCCAAAAUUACUAAAUCAUAGAAAUUGAAUGCCUACAAAAAAAGAACACUUAGUAAGUUGACACUUUAUUCCUAAUACAUGCAUACAUGUAGUCCCAAGGUAUAUUGAGUCUUGUCAAUCGGGGGGGGGGGGGGGGGGGGAGGAGAAUAAUUCACACAAUGGAAGAAAUUGACGUACAUGGGGUUUCAAAGCUUAAUUUCAUUACCGGUAAAUCAAUAUGCUUUAUUUCAUUCGAAUCAAUUAUACCAAUUUUAGUGCAUGGAAUACAAACUCAAUUCAAAUCUAUGAAUAAAGCCCUUGAACUACUUAUCUUUUUAAUUCAGGAAUUUUGAUCAAAUGUAAAAGUAUUAAAAAAAAUCAGUAGGCCUAUAGAAUGUUUUUUUUAACCCUAAUGAGAUGUACGGGGCUGAUUCAGCCCCCUUCGUAUUUUUUUACGAUAAAUCCACUGCGCAAAUUUGUUUUAUUGCGUCACUAACAGACUUUCCUUUUUUUAGUCUAACGCAACUUAUGAGACCAAAAUCGCGACCCCCUGGUAUGCGGUUCCGAAAUCACGCAACAUUUUGUAAGUGCAUGCAGACCCAAAAUUGCUCAAAAACGUCAAUUCGUGUACAAAUCCAAUGCAAAUACUGUUUUUAGCCAAAACUCAUAAAUGUGUCAUUAUUUUUCCUUUUACCGAAUAAAACAAUUAAUUUCACCUUGUUUAUGGUCAAAAUAUAUUCCCUAUUUCCUAAUUUUAGUUUAUGCCAUGGGUAAUGCACGUGCCAAUUUUCAUUGUGAUCCCGCGAUCGAAUGGCCCAGAUCAUAAGGGGAAGGGGCCUUCAGUCUUCUUAGGAAAUGAAAAAGCCCAGUCUAUUUAGGUUACCGGUAAUGUUUUUUUUUUACUUUUUUAUAAUUCCUAUGUAUAGAUUUUUAAAACUUUUUUUAUUACUAAUAGAAAUUUUGGCAAUAAUUUUCCAAUCAUUAACAAUAAGUACAAAUAAUGAUACAGAUACCAAUUUUGGCAAGAACUCACAUUGGGUUUUUUACAUGAAAUCACGUUUUUGAGCAAUUCGGGAUCUGAUAAUAUGCACUUGUGGUGUAUAUCAUAACUGCACACCCAUGCAUGCAUCCCAAAAAUAUUUUAGAACAAUAUGUCGUGGCCCUGUCGUGUUUAUGGAUUUAUCAUAGAAAGUUUUAGGGGGCCAUUAAGGUCCCCUGGAAUUGUUAGGGUUAAGGUUUGCUAGCUGAUUAUCUUACACUGUUUAAAGUACUUUUCUUCAUCUUUACAAAGCACAAAGUUUUACCGCUUUUGUGUGUACGGUGUACCUCAAGAGUAUGAUGUCAGGUUUACAGUCUAUUUGUAAAAUAUUAUUGUGCUUGUGCAACACUUCCAUUUUAUUAAAGUACUUCUUUAACAUGU